AUGGGACCAUUCCAGGAAUAUGAGGAGAAGAAGUCACCAGAAAAGGGGAGCCCCCGCAGUCGUAUUCCACGUCUGAUCCUUCACCCAUUCCGAGCCAAAGAUAAAGCAUCGCCGCUUUCUGAUUCACCUUUUUCAGAGGAGGAGGGGAGGGACUGUGACAUCAACUCAGACCACUCCAAAAGAACCAUCAGCACCAAUGGAUUUUGCUCUGAUGACACUGGCUGCCCCACUAGUCAGUGUGUGUCCCCCUCCAAAACCCCAUCAGGCUCAGAGCAGAGUCCACACAGCUCGCCUUUGCCCCCUGAUCGCAAGACCAAGAUGAAGCGGGUGAGGCUGAUGGCAGAAUGGAAUGUGGAACGGACCACGCCAAGGCACAAGAGAGAGCAGAGAUCUGCAAUGAAACCCAGAGGUAGUGAGGCAGACUUCAGCUCCUCCAGCAGCACGGGCAGCCUGAAAAACAAGGAGAGCAUUGCUUUUAAUUCUGCAGGAAAAAAGACAACUUCACGCAGCUUUAGUGCUCACAUUAGACCACUCCCAGUAUUCAAGCCAGCAGGAAGUCCUGCAGCCAACCGUGAUGCAGAGCUCUACGCUCCCUACAGAACCCCCAUCAGAACCCCCCCCUCAAGCUACAGUAGCAGCAGCAACUCCAGCCCUACCACCAGAAGGGUGAGCCAGAGGCACUACCAUUCCUGCAGAGACAAUCAUGGCAUCCGACCCCCGAAUCCAGAGCAGUACCUCACCCCACUGCAACAAAAGGAGCUGUCAAUCAGACACCUGAAGACCAAACUGAUGGAGUCUGAAAACAGAGUACACAACAGAGAGGCAGAGAUAGAGGAGCUCAAGUCCCAGCUUGACAGGAUGAGGGAAGACUGGAUCGAGGAGGAGUGCCACCGCGUGGAGGCCCAGCUGUCCCUGAAGGAGGCACGUAAGGAGAUCAAGCAGCUGCGGCAGGUAGUGGAGACCAUGAAGAGCAGCCUGAUGGAGAAGGACAAGGGGAUCCAGAAGUAUUUCAUCGACAUCAACAUCCAGAACAGGAAGCUGGAGUCCCUGCUGCAGAGCAUGGAGCUUGCCCAGAGCGGAUCCAACCUCCACGACGAUGCCACCCUGGACUUCAUCUGUGACUCCGCUAUCGAUGGAGUGAAGAGCAAGAUGGAGGGUGAAGAAGAGGAGGGACCAGAGCUGGGGAAUCAGGUGGAAGGGAAAAUGAUAGACAGCGGCUUGCUGGCGAAUGACGAGAUAGGUAACGGGGCGGAUAUUUACAAGCAGGUCUUUACGUCUACUGCAGUGGACUUCAGUCAGGACUCCAGCAGCAAGCUGAUGAGGGGGACAGGGCCAGAGGUGUCCUCGCUGUUGGAGGAGGGUGUAGAGACAGGUAACUCUAGUGAAGCUCCACCGGAUCCGCCUCAUAUCCUUUCCACCUUUAUCUGCCAAUGUCCAAGCACACCGCUGCUGACAGAGCAGCCCAACUGGGAAGACAAGGGAGUCCAGACCGACGUGGUGCUGAUGUCUCCAGACCUCCAGGUUCUGCUGCUCCAGCUGCUUAAAUUCAGCAGGGCACCAGUCGCAGAUGUAGCCUCCAGCAGUCUCCUGGGAAUACAACACCUCCCCAUCCCCGUCCCCACCACCACCAAUACAACCGAAUCCACGCUUCCCCCGCCCAGCCCUGCUCUGCCAGAGAGCCCCAACAACUCCAUGGAUUCAGGGAUUUGCUGCUCAGAGCCUGCGGAGAGCCGACGGUUCAUGGAGGAGCUGGACUUUGGUGUUGGCAAGGAGGAGGAAGGAGAGCGGCCUUGUACGCCGCCUGGAUUGGGGAUUGUCAGCAAGCGCUACUGGAGCAACAGCUUCCUCGUGGAUCUGGUGGCCGUGGCGGCUCCUGUGUUGCCCACUGUGGCCUGGCUGUACUCACGGCACGGCGUGGAUGGGAGUUCUCCAGUGUACAACAUUGCGGCUCUGAUCAGGGGCUGCUGCAUCAUGGGAUUGCCCACUCUCCGCCAUGUCACUCACAGGUCAGAUAUGUAA